AUGAAUCCAGAAAACAAAUACAGUAAAGGUGUUGGCGAUGAUAAUGAAUCCAGACAGGACAAGAAGAAUGAUCAAAAUCGCUAUCGUUGUCGCAUCAGACAUGGCAAGAUAAAAGUGUUUAGUAAAGGUAAUAUUGUUGACCUGACAGUAUUGAAAGAAUCUCUCCUUACAGACCGUUAUGAAACAAUGAUCAGAGUAAAAAGUAACUCUAAAAGGUUGAAACGUGUAAUUGAUGUUGGUAAAUAUUCAUUUUCGCCAGUACCAUAUUUGGAUCGUGAAGAAAGGAUAACGGACCAAUCAAAUUCGGAAAAAAAGGCAGCACUAAAUGCCUCAUGAAUCCUGGGAAGAAUGAACAAUCAAGAAAAUGGGGAAAAUCAGCGAAAGGUUGAGUUAUAACGUGCAUAUGAAAUAACCAUCAAAGAACUCUGCGAUGCCAGGACAUUACAGCGGUCGUGCAGCAUUCGAGCUACUCGUCUCAUCGAAAUAAGCUAACACGCACUUCGCAUUUUCUUAUUAACUUGGCUGUAGCGGAUCUGCUCAUCUGCUUCACAGAACCAGCAACGAUCGGAACAGUUGGAAUACCACAGCGAUUUGGCCACGAAUACUACGGAAUGAAUCAGCAGCAUUUCAAGCUAUAUGCGUGA